AUGGACCUGGUUUCAUCUCCUUUCCUAAGUGGGGACAAGGUGGUGGUGUUGGAAGGCCGACAUUUCCAAGACUUUGCUGCAGGCGAUUCCGGCAUCGUGAUCCGUGCAGAUGCGGAGUCCCAGACUUGUCAGGUGCACUUCAAACAUCGGCCCGGUGAGAGCUUCAACGUGGCAUGGCGCCACUUGAACAAGUGUGUGGCUCAAGUUGUCGAUGCCGGACAUCGGCCGGGCUGGCCUGCAGAGGACGACGUAAAAGUGGAACCUGCUGCAGUCUUGCCAAUGGCAGUGGCGGAUAUGGGAGACGCACUGGGAACUGCUUCGAGUGCCUACUUUUGGGAGUCGAAGCUGGCCAACCUGGAUGCAGAUCAUGCAGGCAACCAUUGGAGCUUGCAGACGGCAGAUGAUUUUCAGAUCGAGACCAGAGGUCAGGAUGACCUGGCCCUUGCCGUGGAGGGCUGUGCCAAAGCAACGGCCUCCAGCUCUUUGCUGGCCCUGCGAGAGGCCAAAGGAGCCAGUUCGCGCAUCCGGGAGCUGGAAGAGAAGAUGUCGAAGCACAGCCGAGAACAUUGGCUGGGAAUGGAUUGCUUGCAGGAGAAGGUAAAUAGCCUGGCUGUGAGCCAAAAAGAAGUCAAUGCGGAGUUCAAGGGGAGCUUGCACAAGGAGCUGUCUUCCGUCAACAUGCAGGUGCAAAGCCUCUAUGAGCAAUGCGAGGCCAUCAAAGAUAUGGUCGCCAAUCUACAGCUGGAGAUGAAACGAAAGGCAUCACAUGAACAACUGGAGGAUUUGGAGCAUCAGCAAUGCAAGGCCAUGGAGACCUUGUUACGUCGCUGGGACCAUUGUGCGGAGAACCGGCGGCAGAGGGUCGAAUCCGAGGUGGGCCAAGCAUUGGACGAGGUGCAAAGAGCGGACUCCAAGUCUCAUCCCUCAGAGGCAGUGAUGUUGCAAGUCGAGGAUCUUUCUGCUGCAAACAGAGAACUGGCGAGCAAGCUGGGGCGACUUCAGGCCAAUUUCGAGCAGAUGAGUCGAUCCUUGCCUCAUGUCAGCCAUCUCAGCCAAGAGCAGCGCAUGAAGCAGGUUCAAAACCAGGGCUUGGAGGAGCCAGCAGCUCAAUGGCAUCAACGAUACCAAGGUCUCUCUACUAAGGUUGACUCCUUGCAGCGUCAAGUGGAGACCUUGCGCAGCGGCUUCCAAAGUGCACAGGAGAGAGCUGACAAGGAGCAGGCCAUUUUGGAUGGCCUGCGUCUCCGUGCCGAUGCAGCGGCGGAGGGCUUGGCGUCCGAGGUGCGACUACGUGAGGAGGGCGUGCUACGAGUGGAAACUCGCCUUGAGAACGUGGCGCGUGAGAUGGACCUAGCCAUGGGAACGCUGAGAGGCUCGCUGGAGAAGCAGCUACACGCCAUGCUGGCCACAGCGCAAAGUGCGGCGGAGCGGAAGCAGAGGGACUGGCAAUUGGAGUGCCAGAAGAGACAGGACGUGGAAAGCGCCUUAAGGGAACAGCAAUGUGAAAUGGCCGAGAUGCGAUCCAAGCUACUGAGAAAGGAGCAAGCCCUCCUGGAGGCGGCAGGCUUCACUGAGCGAAGCGGUGGCCCAUGUGGCCCCAGUCCCUAUGGCCCCAAUGCUUCCAGUGGACCUCUGGAGCCAGUGGUGGCGCAACCACGAGGAGCCGAUGUUCAUAGUCCACUCUCCAGAAGAUUGGCAGCACCAGUUGCUUGUGGCCCUGUGUCAAGCCCCUUGUCGAAGAACUUCGCCUGAGGGACGCGGCAUGGCGAAGGCG